AUGGCGUUCUUUGCCCCCGCAAGGCUGGCUCUGGUGCCCGGCGGCGCCUGCUCCCGGGCCGCAGCAGCAGCUCUUGCUGCACCCAAAGCCGCCCCCAGCUUCCCCUUUUGCAGCUCUUUUUGCGGCUCUUUUUGUCCCACUUUGGCCUUUCGGGCUCUUUCGACGGCUCCGUUGCUGCAGCGGCACAGCGCGGUGGCUCAGGGCCCCUGCGCCCGCUGGCCCGCCGCCGCCUUGACUCCCCUGAGCAGCAGCAGCAGCAGCAGCAGCGGCGGCAGCCCGGUGGGCGCGGUGCGUCACGAGGCGUCUGUGGCGACGCUGUCUGCUGCUGUGGCGCUGAUGUCUGUGGGGGGAGUUGCCCAGGGGAUCGGAUCCCUUUUUGCUGCUUUAGUUUCGGGAACAGCUCGAAACCCUUCAAUUAAAGAAGACCUUUUCACUUACACUUUAAUUGGAAUGGGAUUUCUGGAGUUCCUGGGGAUCAUUUGCGUCAUGAUGAGCGCCGUGCUGCUGUACUCUUAG